UAGGACCAUUGGAAGAAGAAGAAUGCAAACAUGGAGAGAGAGAGAGAGAGAGAUGGUGUGUAUGUUUUUUGUGUUUGGUUUUUCUGUGAGAGAUCCAUGGUUAUGGCUUCCAUGUGUUCUUGUUGCUGCAUAAUUCUCGCCAUUUCACCAAUGUUGAUUUCCCAUUGAACCCUUCUUGCGAAACCCUUGAUUCUCAUCAUCAUCAUCACCUCAAUUUGUAUCGCAAUUCUAUUCAAACCCUUGAUCCAACCCAUUGAAUUUCCUAUUUUCAUCUUUCUCAACUCUGAUUUAAUUGUACUUGUGCCACGGUUCGAACAGAGGAAAACAGAGCUUCCCGAUUAUCUAUCAGCUUGAAAAUGUUUAGUGUUUGUUGCUUCUGAUUCGCGCGCCUUGCUUUCGAAAUGUUGAUGUAGGUGUGGUUGGAUUUGGUUUUGUCUUUGUGGCUCUCAACAUUGUCAGAAACUUCAUCAGUUUGUUAUAGUUAUUGUUGUUCCUUGUAAAUAAUACAGAAGACUGGUUGGUUUGUGCAUAUGCAGCCAGAUAAAUUUGGAACUAGUAGGGAUUUUGUUUUCUUCUGGUGUGUAGAUUAAUUGUGUUUAAUUGCUGGAAGGUGUGCUUGCUUCAUAUCUUCCUUGUUUUGGUUAAAGUUGAUCUGGCAAUCGGAUGUUAGUAGGGGGUAGGGACGAGAAAUUGGACAUGAAUUUGUGGGUUAGUCAAGAUAAUUAGCAGCUUGAGUUGCUGAGAAACUGUUGUUAUGGCACAAAAUAAGACAGGGAAGUUGAUAGGUGCAAAGACUGGGAAGGACUCCGGCUCGUUUCCUCAAUAUAGCCAACCGGAAUUACCCUGUGUUGGUUCAAAUGCCGGACAUGAUGUACAUAAUCUUCCUAUACAGGCAGGGGAGGAAUUUUCUGUGAAUUAUGGUCAUGGUGGAGUUGCUGCUGGAAGGGUUCCUGCUUCACCUGAUAUAUCUCGAAAUCGUGAGAAUAGGUUUGGGUUGAAUGGGGAGAAUGGCCAUGUGAGAUAUGAAGACCUUACUAAUAUUUUGGGGUUGAGGAGAAUGGACUCUGAGACUUCUUCUGAAAUAGGCGACUUUGUCUCUACAAAACAGCCAGCACAUGAGAUGGAAAAUGGGGCUCGGGUAAACAUUUCAAGCAAAAUUCAAAAGGGAGAUGGUGAUAGGGGCCAUGCAUUGAGAAAGGCUGUGUGUGAAUCAAUCGGUGACCAACCUGGUAUUGGGUCAGCUGUACCUGUACCACACCUUCACAGAAAAGAAACUUCUCAGUCCAGUGGAUUUCUUGGCUCCGGAAUUUUAGAUGACUCUCUGUCUGGAAAAAUGAAGUUCCUAUGUAGCUUUGGUGGCAAAAUAUUACCGAGGCCCGGUGAUGGGAAACUCAGAUAUGUAGGGGGAUUUACCCACAUUAUAUCUAUCCGAAAGGAUAUUUCAUGGGAAGAGCUUGUGAAGAAGACCUUAGGGAUUUGCACUCAACCUCACACCAUCAAAUACCAGCUUCCAGGGGAGGAUCUUGAUUCCCUAAUAUCUGUCUCCUCUGAUGAGGAUCUUCAAAAUAUGAUAGAGGAAUACCAUGGGAUUGAAAAUCAUGAAGGUUCUCAAAAACUUAGGAUAUUUUUAGUUCCUUUGGGUGAAUCUGAAGAGACACCUUCAACUGAUGCAAACACAGUUGAGCAGAAUAACCCUGAUUACCAAUAUGUUGUUGCUUUAAAUGGCAUAGGAGAACCUAGUCCCAGGAAAAACAUUGCUGGCCAGAGUUUGACAAAUGAAGCAAGUCAGUCAGGGACAACUUUUAAUUUUACUCCAUCUUUUCAGAGAACUCCUCCAGAUGUCUCUUCUCCUUUGGACCUCAGGGAUGGUAUUAAUACUUCAAAUCCAGAUGGAAUUUUGAAUGAUUCCAUGUAUAUGAGAGAAUCCUUUCCAAUUUCUCCAACUGCAGUGCAAGUUGCAGGUUCUGGCACAGGUUAUGUUCAAUUUCUUGGUAACAACUCAUGCCAGGGAAGUGUUGAGAGCAGCACAUCAUUUUUUACUGCUCAGCUUCACCCUGAGAACUCGGGCAUAAGCACUUCUGAUUGCAGAUAUCCUCAACAAGUGGCUGUUUCUUUGAUAAACGACAGACACCAUCCUGGUGAUAUUGGUCAGCCCACGAAGCUCAAUGGGAAGUAUUUUGAUAACUACAAUUCCCGGAAGGAGUUAAUGACUCCCAUAUAUGUGAACCAAAGUGAUGGUUACAGUGAUGAAGGUUUUGGUGAAAGUUCCUUGCCAAAGGAUAGAAAAUUCUGCUCUGGGAAUCCUAUUUCAUACUUGAAUGACCCAAUCUGCCAACAGGCGGAAUCAUAUGGAAUUACUGACUCCCCUCAUGGAAUGCCUCAUGCUUUUUCUGACUCACAGUUGCAUGAGAGUGGAGCAAGGUCUGGUUACUGCUCACAAGAAGGAAUUGGCCAAUCUUUCUCUUUGAACCUUGAAAAGGCUCAAUUAUCUUCAUUGUUAGUCUCCAGAGGCUCACAAGCAAACCUUAUGGAAGGUCAGAAUGAUUCUGUUCUCCAUCAUCCCCAAGUACAAAGGAAGGUACCAAAAGUGGGGUUAGCUGAGCAGCACAGACAGCAAGAUUUGUCAUCUUCUUCUCCAUACUCUGAAUCAUUAGGAGUGAAUGGUCCUAUUCAUAAGGAUAGCAUUUUCACUGAAAGCAGGUACCUUGUUUCUCAAAAUGACUUAAAUGGAUCUAGCUCUGUAGAAAAGGAUAUUCAGGAACAAUCUGUGAAAUUAGGAAGGAUGAAGAUAAUUGAAGAAAAGAAUCCAAUUCCCAGGAAAGAUUCCAAGGUUUAUGAGUUGGAAUCAACUGUCGUUGAUACCGGAGCUGUGACUGAAUUGCAUCUUUUGGACUCCCUCCCUACUAGUAACUUAAAUGCUAAGAUUAAUAUGCAAAAUAAUUGGGAACUGUCUUCUGAGGAGAGACAUCCUUCAUCAUCAGGCAUGAUGGGACUCUCUUUACAUAGUUUUGGGGACAAGACCCCAUCUAAUCUUCUUCCCAUUAGCCAAAAGACUGGUGAUGGUAAAAAUUGUGCUUUGGCUGAAGGUCUGAAUGGUGAACAAGGAAAUGAUUUUCUGUUGACAGGAAAUUUUGAUUUAAAUGCUCCAAUUUUAAAAUGUGAAGAAAUAUCUUGUGAUAAAAUUGCUGUUAGAGAUCAUAUGUUCAAGCUGUCCAUUGACCCAGAUUCUCAGACAUCUGCACAAAUCCAGCCUUCUCUGAAUGAGAUUGCUGCAGGUUUUCAUGAUACUCAAACAGUAAACUCGGAAAGUCUGUAUCCUGCUAUAAACUUACCAGUGAAUGGCCUGGAUAAUCCUAGCAAGAAAAUUUAUUUUGAAAAGGCACCUUUUGCUGAUGACUUAUUUACCAGAACUGAUAAAAUAGAUCAGUUUAUCCAUGAACACACUGCCUCUGGACAGUCAAAAGUGGAUGAUAUAAUUCCGCAGUCAAAAAACUUAGAAAGGUGUCAAGAUGCAAAUCGAGUGGAGCCAUUUCUCAUAAUAGAUGAUUUGACUUGUCUUGUUCCUCCAUUUAUUGAGUCAUCUUCUGUUGGCACCCCACAUAUUUUGCAUGAAGUUGGAAGAGAUCUAUCUCCAUCUAAUACAGAGGCUGGGAGCAUCAUCCCUGAGUGUGAAUCUGAGGAUUUCAAAGAUGAUCAAACAGACCGGAAUGAAUUCCUUUCUGAUGCAAUGAUAGCAGAAAUGGAAGCCAGCAUAUAUGGUUUGCAGAUAAUAAAGAAUGCUGAUCUUGAAGAUCUUAUGGAGUUAGGAUCUGGUACUUAUGGAACUGUUUACCAUGGAAAAUGGCGGGGAACAGAUGUUGCUAUUAAGAGAAUUAAAAAGAGCUGCUUUGCAGGGAGGUCUUCUGAGCAAGAACGGUUGGCAAAAGAUUUCUGGAGAGAGGCACAGAUACUCUCAAAUCUUCACCAUCCCAACGUUGUUGCAUUUUAUGGAAUAGUUCCAGAUGGGGCUGGUGGAACCUUAGCAACUGUAACAGAGUAUAUGGUUAAUGGUUCCCUUAGGCAUGUCCUUGUUAAGAACCACAGAUUACUAGAUCGUCGUAAAAAGCUAAUAAUUGCCAUGGAUGCAGCUUUUGGUAUGGAAUAUUUGCACUCAAAAAAUAUUGUCCAUUUUGAUUUAAAAUGUGACAAUUUGCUUGUCAAUCUAAGGGAUCCACAACGACCAAUAUGUAAGGUUGGAGAUUUUGGAUUAUCAAGAAUUAAACGUAAUACCCUUGUAUCUGGAGGUGUGCGAGGAACCCUUCCAUGGAUGGCACCAGAAUUGUUGAAUGGUAAUAGCAGUCGAGUUUCUGAAAAGGUUGAUGUUUUCUCAUUCGGCAUCUCAAUGUGGGAGUUAUGGACAGGGGAGGAACCUUAUGCAGAUAUGCAUUGUGGUGCCAUUAUUGGGGGUAUUGUAAAGAACACUCUUCGACCACCUGUUCCGGAAAGCUGUGAUUCUGAGUGGAGGAAGCUUAUGGAAGAGUGUUGGUCACUUGACCCUGAAAGGCGGCCAUCAUUCACAGAGAUAACUAGCAGGUUAAGAUCUAUGUCUAUGUCCCUUCAAGCUAGGGGGAAUUAUCAGGCAUGGCAAGUGAGACCUAGUGCUCCUUGAAACCAAGGCACUUUUCUGCAGUUAUGUUUGAUCGUACAGAAAUUUAGUUGUAUAGUUUUUUUUUUUAAAGAAGCCAUCAAGAUUCAAGACUGGGGCUGGCAUGCUCUUAGGGUUGUCAUAACACUUCAGCUAUUAUUUCUUGUGAUGUCUGUUGGCUAUGAUAUCGUCAUUUGUUUAUUCUUUCUUGUAAAAGAUGAGGUUGAGAUCAUAUGGUAUAGUUGUGUACAUCUACCAAUUUUGUAUUUGUUGCAUGAACCAACAUUUAGCAGGAAGAUAUAUAUAGAAAGGGAAAAAGGAAAGAAAAGGUGUCUUUAGUGUAUGUAUGUAUGUAUGUAUGUAUACAGACAAAAGUGCUUGUAAUAUAUGUUUUGAUUGAUGUGAGA